AAAAAAAUAAAGUGAACGGUUGCUGGUUCAUGUGGGUUUUAUAUUGUUUUUCUUUCUGUAGUCUGUCAUUUAGCAUUUACGUACACAAAAUAACUUAUCAGGAGUCUAUUGAAAUGAAUUACAAAAAUGAUCUCUGUUACCUAUCUUACCUAAUUUAUCAGCUACUAACCUAAAUCUAUGAUUACCUAUUGUAUUACUUUGAGAAUUUUCUCAAACUCCAUUUCAAAAUGUCUAGCAGUGGUUCUUUACUAUUUUCUAUUAACAAUGAAGGUAAAGUUUAUGCUUUAUCUACUAGUGGAUCAUGUUGGAGGGAAUUUAUGUAUCUAGGAUUAGAGUUUAAAACUUUAUCUGCAGUGCCCCACUAUUUGUGGGCCGUUGGUGGUGAUCGCCAGAUUUAUUUACACGUUCACGGAUUAGAAAUUCCGAUUAGAGUUAAAGAAGAGUCAUAUGAAAACGAGAGAUGGUUACCACUUGAAGGAUUUAGUGGUAGACUGCUCCCUACAGAUAGGUACCAUUUCUCAUCCCAAGACGGCACAGUAGAUAAAUCGAUUGAUCGUAUCCGUCUGCCUUCGAUGGCAUGGCAGUGGGAAGGUGAUUGGCAACUCGAACUCACAUUAGAUGGACAACCUUUAGACCAUGAUGGAUGGAGUUAUGCUGUUGAUUUUCCAGCUCAGUUUGGUCCUGUCAAACAAUGGAAGUCUUGUGUAAGAAGAAGAAAAUGGAUCAGAUAUCGCAAAUUUAGUGCAAUGAACUCAUGGUGUGCUAUAGCUCCUCUUCAUAAAGAUCCAACACAAGAGCCUUUUAUAGAUGUAUGUAUUGGGGGAAAUCAGAUCCCAUAUGCUGCACCUGGGACUCUCUCAGUAUGGGCAAUUACAGCCCAUGGUAGAGUCAUGUAUAGAGCUGGUGUUGGUACUACUUCUCCAGAAGGAUUAAAAUGGAUAAAUGUUAGUAUACCUCCUAACUGUGAUAUUAAACAAAUUUCAGUAGGGCCUACUGGCUUGGUGUGGGCUAUGCUUUGGACUGGGAGAGCUAUUAUUAGGAAAGGGAUAACAAAGGACUGUCCAACUGGAGAAGCUUGGUUAGAAGUAAAAUCUCCAAGUGAAACUAAACUGUCAGUUAUGUCUGUUGGUUAUAAUGCUGUUUGGGCUGUGAGUUCAGAUACAAGAGUAUGGUUCAGAAAAGGUAUUGAUGGUAAUAUGGCAGGUAAUUCGGAAACAGCUGCAAUGGGUAGUGGAUGGUUGGAAAUUACAGGAAAUAUGAUUAAUAUCUCAGUUGGAAUCAAUGAUCAAGUAUUUGCUAUUGGCGAAUCAGACAAGUGUAUUUAUUGGCGUAGUGGAAUAACUCCUUCAGAAUUAACAGGUAAAAGAUGGAGAAUGGUUCAGGCCAAUAUGCAGUUGAGUCGCACAUCAAGUUCUGCUAGUGUUAUUUCAUCUGCUUCAAAUGCCAAACAUCACAGUCUUAGCAUGUUAAGUGAAAACACACCAGAGCUCAAAUCUAAUAUUAAAUUACAUAACUCCUGGGAAGAGUCACAUUCUGCACCAAUAGAGCACACUUUACCAAUUAAACCUCCAAAAGAAAUUCUCCCAAAGAAUAAUACAAUUAUUGAUAAUAUAGAUUUGACUGGGAAAAGUUAUGAAACAACAUUAAAAAAUCCACGAGCUUGGAGUCCAGUACGCAGUGUAGGUUCAGUAGUGGGUAUGGAAGCUCAACCAGACAGUGACAGCAGUGUAUUUGAUGUUGACUCUGGUAUGUAUUUUGAUGAAGAAGUUAGUCAGACUGCAUGGGGUACAUGUGAUACUACUUGGUCAUUUGUAGAAGCAGGAGCUUGUUCAAUAGAUCCAAUGCAAAUACCGCAUUGGUUCACUGAUUCAUACAAUGUUCAUAAUUCAGACUUAACAGCUAAAUGGAGGUUGCAAAUUUUAGAUUGUUUAAAAAAUAGAAAUACUUAUCAAGAUGUAGAUUUAUCAAAUUAUGGGGUUGCUAUUGAAGAAAAAGGAUGGACACGUAGCUGUGAAGCAAGAUUAGUCACUACUAAUAAUUCUAUUGAGGACUGUAUACUUUCACUUUAUUGGCAUGCUUUAGAAAACACUGGAACUCUAUCUGUUUUCCAACCUGAUGGUACUAUAAAAUUUAUCUUAAAUCUAGGUGAAGUAACUAGUGUUAUUUCAUCAUCAGAGCCUGGCUGUCCUAGAGUUAAUUUAUCUACACCACGACAAAAUAAUGAAAAUAUUAAAGUUCAAUUUAUUUCUGAAAUGGAACAAGAAGAAUGGUUAAGUGUUUUAGUGGAUAUAAUAUCACAAAUCAAUGGUCUUUCAAGCAAACCCUCUGAAAAUUCAGUUUGGGCUGUAACCAGUUCUGGGGAUGUGCUUAAUUGGGAUCUUAUGCCUAUGAGACAGAAUCCUGAAGAAAAUGAACUUCAUUCCAAAGAAUUUCAAGUUUUUGGGAAAUAUGCUUUAUCUGGUUUUACAACUAAUCUUUAUAAUAAUUUUCCACCCGGCAGUAUAUUCAAAAUUACAGGUUCUUUAAAUGAUGAAAUAAAAAGAUUUCAUGUAAAUUUACAAGGUCCUGAAAUUAAGAAACAACGACACAAAAUAGAGACAGAAGUAACUGAGAUUGCUUUGCACUUUAAUGUUAGAUUUGAUGAGAGCACUGUGGUGUGUAAUACAAAAAUGUUUGGUAAUUGGGGUGUUGAAGAACGACAUCCAUUACCAUUGGCUCCAGGACAGGAAUUUUCAAUAACCAUACAUUGCAACAAUCAAGGAUUCAAAAUUACUGUUAAUGAUAAGAUCUAUUGUUUUUAUGAGCAUAGACUUAGCCCUGAGAGCAUAACAUCAGCUUCAGUCCAAGGCCCAUUAAAACUUUAUACCAUGGUUUAUUCUACAACAAAUAUUAUUAUAGAUCCUGAUGAAAUGAUUUGGAGAAUGAUGGGAGGAUAUUUGCGAAAAGUUGAAUGUUGUCAAAAUGGGAUUACUUGGGGUAUAUCUCAUGACCAUCGUGUAUGGGUUUACACUGGAGGGUGGGGAGGUGGUGCAUUAAAAGGAUUAGGUGGCAAUGAGGGUAUCAAUUCCAUGACUGACACUCAAACCUAUUGUGUGUAUGAAAACCAAAGAUGGAAUCCUCUUUCCGGUUACACUUCUACUGGACUACCCACAGAUCGUUACAUGUGGAGUGAUAUUACUGGUAAACACAAAAGAACAAGAGAACAUACAAAAUUAAUAAAUCGCCAUUGGCAUUGGAUAUCUGAAUGGAUGAUAGAUUACAAUACUCCAGGUGGAGUAGACAGUGAUGGAUGGCAAUAUGCAACAGAUUUUCCAGCCCCAUAUCAUGGAAAAAAGAUUUUCACUGAUUGUGUCAGAAGAAGACGGUGGUACCGAAAAGCGCAAAUUAUAACUGAAGGUCCUUGGAUUCGUGCGGGUAGUACAGCACUUUUAGAUAUAUCAUUAUGGAAUAAUGACGAUGAAGUAUUGGUAUGGGCUGUUACUAUAGGAGGCGAUGCUAUUUAUCGUACGUGCGUAACAACAGCAAGUCCCACGGGUAAUCACUGGGAACAUGUGAAGAAUCCACAAACACUCAUCGCUAUCAGUACCAGCAAUUAUAUCGUUUGGGCAGUAGGUAGAAAAGGAGAACUUUAUUACAGAGAAGGAAUUUGUAAAGAAAAUCCUGGAGGCACUAAUUGGAAAUUAAUAGAAGCCCCAAAGUACAACUAUCCUUUCAGUCAUAAAACAUCUGUUGGUGCUAAAUUCGUUUCUCUCAAUGCCAAUGCUGCGUGGGUUUUACUCUCUAAUGGUGCUAUUGCGAUAAGAACAGAUAUUUCACAAGCUCAACAAGAUGGCAAGCAGUGGAAGUAUUUAACAGAUUGUGAUAUGUUAUUCAAAGACGUGUCCAGUAUUGAGCAGGAAGUAUGGGCUGUUAGCACGGAUGGGCACCUUCAUCGGCGGCUCGGUGUAACGGCAGAGAACCCGAUUGGCACUAGUUGGCAACGUGUGCUAUCUAGUAGUCUAGUACAUGUGUCUGCUAGAGGUAGUUCUUUAUAAGAACUCCAAAUUUAUCAUACUCUUUCAUUUAAAAUAUUUUAAACAAUUACUUGGAUAUUAUGUCAGACAUGAAUUUUAUUAAGUAAACUUAUGUUGGCCCAAAUCACUGUUAUUUGUAGUUAGGUCAUGUCGGUUACAGUAGAAAGAUAAUUAUAAAUACUUAUAUUAACCAUAGAUAUAAGUACAAAUUUAAAAGAAGUGUUUAAAAUUUUAAUGAAAGAAGUGUAAGAUAAACCUAUAUUCUAUUAAAAAAAAAUUACUUAUCCAAUUAAUUAUUAUACUUAAAGAUUUUUGUUUUUGUUAUUACAUUGUGAAUUACGAACUGUUUUCAUCGAUUUGCGCAAAAUAUUUUUAAUAUCCGAAAUGAAAUAUCCAUUUAACAAUGUCGAUGACUUUCCACUAUCUGACAUUAAUUAUAUAUAUAUCAAUCGUAGAUUAUAAUGAACAUUUUAUGGAUUUUUUUUUUUUUUGUAUUUCGGAUCCAACAUUUUAAUAACAUUAACUCUUGUAACAAAACUAAAAAUGGACAUAAGCUUUUUAGUAGGCUCGUUAUUCCAGUUGAAAAACCAAUAUAUUUAAAGUCGGGGACAAUUAUACAAUGUAACACAUUAUUGUUCCGGGAAAUUUUACCAAAUGACAUAUGUUGAAUAAAUAGAAAUGUUUACCAAUCUGCUUACCUACUACUGGAAUAUUUCUAGGAUGCAUUAAGCCCUCCGAAAGCAGUGUAUCUUGUAGGUAUAGUAGUUUUAUAUCCUGCUAGAAAUCUAACUCAUCAUGUUUAUUUCAUCACGAUGGACUACCUAACCUGCCUCCAUCCAUCAUUCAUCAAAGCAUAAAAAUUAAACCACCUGACUUUUGUGACUCUAUUCCACGCAAAUAGUAAUUAUAUGAAAAAACAUUUUUUUUUAAAUUCUAUUUCUAAUCUGCUCAUUGGCAAUCUGUUCCUUAUAGAACAAUAAUCCAAUAUGUCAGAUUUAAAUUUUCUUAUUAUAUGAUGAGGCAAAUCCAUUCAUCAGCACUCAGCCUCUGUCUGUAAAUCUUUCUACCAGUCCUUGGAUGUUGUCUUUUUAAUCGAGAACAACUAAUGCGUCCCCAUCCUUGUAAUUGAGCCGCCAAUUUAUUCCUAUGUCUAUUCAAUUUGAAUUGAUAUUCUGAAUAUCUCGAUUUCCUGUUUUACCGUUUUCAGUUUGUAAUCCAUAUUACAGAAAUUUAUUACUUAUAUACUGUGGCAUACUAUGUUUCUUAUUGUCUUACUUUGGGACCUUUUCACUUUACUAGCUGAGCCCCAAACCUGUAUGCCAUAUAUUCAAAAAGGUUUGAUGAUGGUUUUGUAUAUGGUCAUUUUGCAUUCAUAUGUCAGUCGGGAUUGUCGUCUUAUCAGCCAGUACAAGCUAUGGAUUUUGGUGUCUAGUUGUUUGAGUUUAGUUCAUAUAUGCUUUUACUAGAUAAGUCUGCGAUCUAAGUACAUACCCAAGUACUUAACAUCAUCUGCUUGGGGAACUUGUUAAUUGUCAUAACCGUAAUAAUGUAGCGGUAUAUAUCGCUUUGCAACUUGCCUAGGGGAGAGAGGAGCUAUCUUCCUUCGCAUCUAUAAUUCCACACUGGAAUCCCGCCAGCGCAAUAGCGACGGAGAAUUAUAUUCAAUAUUUAGUAUAAUUCCAGCACAAACGAGAGACAAUUCUGAGCUUACUUUUUCAUCUACAUCAAGCACCGUUGCAUAAUGAGCAAAUUUGUUUUUCGCGUAUAAAAUAUUCAGUCAGAGUUGGCUAAAAGUUAAGAGAUGUCUCGGAGAUACUACAUAUUAUAUUUUGUCCUUUAUUACAUAAUCCUGAAAUGUACGCGUCCCUGUUACUUAUUCUUUUUGUUAUUAUCUUUUUUUACAUUGUAUAAAAGAUUGUCUAAUAUUGCAGUAGGACCUGACGGUACAUUUACUCGGAGUGUAAGGCCAACAUAGGUCAUCCUAAUUAUUAUAAAUAUAAUUUCUGUUAAUAAGUAUAUCAUGCAUUUACAUAUGUACUCAAUAUUAAUAUUGUGAUAUUAUUAUUAUAUUAACUUUCUAUUUCAAAUUUUUAUUAGCUACUUUUUGCUCGUUUAUUUAUUGUUUAUUUAAAAAUAUAUUUGUAGGUUUAAU